GGUCUUAACAGUAUUAGUCAAAAUGGGUCAUGUGUAAUGCGAUGCGGCGCUGUUCUGUGCUCCUUUCUGCAGAGUCACUCUCAACGCGACCGGCCGAAAUGAAGUUCUCCUUUUGCAGUUUGGUUUGUUUUUUAACUCUGAUUCAAGCCACAGCGGCAUCUGCUGGGAAUGCUUGUCCUAACUCUACGGAUCCAAUUACUUACAAUUCUGGAGAGGACGCAAGACUAUUUUACAACAGGUCUACUCAUGAGAAUGAAAACAACUUUUUUGGCUAUCGGGGAUUCAUAAAUUUGUCUUUAUUUGCCUUCAUAAAGAAAAAUCAAUCAGAAGGCACUUGUUCUGGCCCGUCAAAGGAGAUUUGUUUGAAGGGGAAGACAGAAUUUAAGACGUGGAACCAAAGCCUUUUGAUAAUAAAUAUUUUCAAUGUCACUGUAAAUGAUAGUGGACUGUACGCAGUAUGGACCUCGUUCUCUGGUGUUUUCUCACAAGAUGAUAAAACAGAGAAAUGUUUUCAAGUUAUACAUCUGAAAAUAAAUGGUAACUCCUCAGAAACCAGCUCAAGUCCAACUCCUCACUCAACGCCACAGUCGACUCAGGUCUACAGCAGCAGUACAACUAGCUCUGGCGCCAGCAAUUCACCUAGGGCCUUACGAACAUAUAACAAUCUUGUGCUGAUGAUAUCAACCAUUACUACAACUGUGACUAUGAGUGUGAAUCCUAGCAUUUGGUUUUUUCAAUUUAUAAAGUCUCGUAAAAUUUUUUAAGAGACUGCUGCACGAUUGAGAAAUAGAAGUAGUUCUGAAACAACUAGGAGAAUUUGCAGCAUGAACUCAGCUUUUUUAGUACAGACUUCUGUAGUUAAAAUUACCUUCCAACUGUCAUUUAGUUUAAUCGUAACCGGUGUAAGUAAAAAUAAAUGCUAUGAUGUUCUAGGAGAUGCAUAUGGUCCGCACGUGUUUUACAGAUGUCAGUUGUGUAAGUACAAUAGAAUAUCAUAACUGUUGAUUCGGCAAAAUUUAAGAGUAAGGACCCAUAAGACCCAAUAGAGAUUACGUAAAAUCAAAAUGAAAACGAUAAGUCGUUAGCUUAGUUAUAGUCACUCCUACAGUUGUACACAAAUGAGGACUUGUCUCUUCUUGCUAAAUGGCUAAAUUGCAACAACUUAAAAGUCAACUCAACCAAGACACAAGCCAUGGUCCUUGGAUCGUCAAAUUACAACUUUGACCUGUCAUUGGACAAUAGCAAUAUCGAAAUAAAGGACGAACUCAAAUUUCUUGGUGUGACAAUUGACAGUAAAUUAUCAUAUACUACUCAUAUUAAGAAUAUCCUUUGUACAAUACAUGCCAAAGCUGGUGCUCUUAGAAGAAUAUGCAACUUUAUCGAUAGUAAAACUGCUAUGAGAAUAUAUAAGGUCUAUAUACUUCCUCAUUUUGA